AUGGCGACAGAUAUUGUUGAUGAUGUUGUUGAUGAUGAUAAUGAUGACUCAACAACAAAGUUGAAUAUACCACCUCCUCCAGACCCACCUGACCCUGACGAGUGUUGUGGCAGCGGCUGUGCACGAUGCGUCUACGAUCUCUACGAAGAGCAACUCGAACGCUACAACCUCAUGAAGGACAAGAUGAUUCAGGCACAUCAACAACAGAAACAACAAAGACUUAAAGAUAAACAACAACAAGAACAACAACAACAGCAAGAGCAGGAGAAUACCCAGCAAGUGAUAGCAGUGGAUGUCACAUUGUCAGAGAGUUUGAAUGAUGGGCGCAAAGUAGAAUCAAUGUCAAUCACUCCAGAAGAUGUUGGACUGGUACAGGUUGAAUAUGUUGGUGAUGCGACAGAGGACACGAGACAACCAUUGGAUGGCAUGACAAUGGGAAGAUUCCAAUCUGCAAGAUUGUUAACAUCGGAUGACUCUCCCGAUGUUUGUUAUCACAUGACCAUCACGACAAAUGAUGGUGUUGAUAUAAAGUAUCUACCAGGUGACUACAUCAACAUACUUUGUCCACAAGAUAAACAAGAUGUCGAUCGUCUACUCAAACGACUUGGCAAGUCUGGCGACACCAUCAUUCGUCUUCGCGUCGGGCCCGCCUCCGCCACACUCUUCCGACACCUACCCCAACAUCCUUGCACCCUGCGAGAUCUCUUCACAUGGACGCUCAACAUAUCGUUCGUACCUCCUCAGUUCUUCCUCUUGCAAAUGGUCGACCAUUGCAAAGACGAGUCCGAUCGACAGAAGCUGAGAUACCUUUCGAGCCAGGCAGGAAAGACGCUGUACAAUCAGACUAUCCUGGCACAUAACAUUCGCUUUCCAACAUUGUUGACCAAGUUCAAGUCUUGUCAACUACCUUUGGAGUUUAUACUGAUCAAUGUUCCAGCGCACUCAAUUAGACAAUACUCGAUAUCAAGCUCACCCUUGACAUUGUCCAACACAACAACAACAACUACAAUAGACAUCACAUUCAAGCUGGUCGAGAAACAACAAAAACAAGCAGAUUGCGACUCGACCUAUGGCUUGUGCACACAUUGGAUGCACCGACUCUACAAGUCGGGCGAGUCGGCCAUCAUACCAUUUGCAAUCACUCACUCCAAGUUCCAUCUUCCAAGCGAUCCCCUCACAACACCAAUCAUCCUAAUAUCCACUGGUACUGGAUUGGCACCAUUCCGUUCAUUCCUACAUCAUCGCAAACUAUUGUACCAUCAACAACAACAACAACAACAUGGUCAUCAACAAAAUGGACAGUCAUCAAUGUUGGGCAAAUGUUUAUUAUUCUUUGGAUGUAGACAUCGUGAUUGGGAUCUACUCUAUCAUGAUGAACUACUUGAAUUCGAACGUGAACAUAUUAUAACAAAGCUAUACAUAUCAUACUCGAGGGAGAGUGAUGAUACCAAGGACAUUAACGACAAAAAGAGAUACAUCAAUUCACAUGUUGAAGAAUGUGGAGAACUAAUAUAUGGACUGGUGACCAAUCAUCAAGGUGUAAUAUAUGUUUGCGGUAACUCUAAUGGAAUUGGAAAGUCUGCCAAUGAAUCAUUGAUCAAGAUUAUAAAGCGAUACGCUAAAGUUGGAAGCAAUGAUGAAGCAAUGGAGAUACUAUCAAGUUGGACAAAGAAUUCUCAAUACUUUAGAGAUGUCUGGUCAUGA